AUGGCUUUCGCUGGUGUCUCCGUCAUCGUCGGCGGCAAGCUCCUAGAUGGUUCUACCACGCCGACCUUCGACGCCGGCACGGAAAGCGGGUACCACCUGCUUGUCGUCCAAGGCCACCCGUGCACCAGCAACCCGACAGAGGACUUCAUAAUUGGGUCCCACUGCUUCACAGUCGGAGGCCAUAGGUGGAGCAUCUACUACCACCAUUUCAGCAAGCACCCGGUCUACGCCUUCUUCACAUCACUUCAACUUCUCGAUGACGACGGUGCCGUCCUCUCCCUGGAAGCGAAUCUCGAGAAUCCUGUGAAGGUGCAGCUCGAUUUCAGUUUCGGUGACGAGACUGAGAAGCAAGAGCCAGCACGUAUCCGUGCAAACAAUAUAGUCGAGUUUGGUGGCGUCAAUGGGUCGAUGAAGGGCCACGGAAGGUUCGUGACAAGGGAGGCCAUGUUGAAAUCAACACUCCUGGUGGACGACUGUUUCACCAUCCGGUGGGACGUCGUGGUACUGAAUCCAGCAAGGAGCACUUCAUCGUCCAUCGACGUGCCCCCGUCGGAGAUGAAACAGGACUUUGCCCACUUUCUUUCGACCGGCGAGGGUGCAGACGUGGUUUUCCAUGUCGGCGACGAGACCUUCGCGGCCCACCGUUGCGUCCUUGCAGCCCGUUCUUCCGUGUUCAAGGUGAUGCUCUUCGGCCCGAUGAAGGAAGGCAUGUCAACCAACAUACAGAUAGACAACAUGGAUGCCACAGUGUUCAAGGCUUUGCUCGGGUUCAUCUAUGGCGACUCGCUUCCUGCAGAAAUGCCAUCAGGGGACGAAGACGACGGUGUCGACCUGCUGCAGCACCUGCUUGUCGUGGCGGACAGUUACGGCCUCAAGCGACUAAGUGCAAUGUGUGAGAAGAAGCUGUGUGAGCACAUCGGUGUUACCACGGCGACGACCAUGCUGGCGCUGGCCGAGCAGCACAGCUUCCACAGGUUGAAGGCGGUGUGCUACGAGUUCCUCCGGUGUCCGGCGAACAUGAAGGCGGUUGUUGCCACAGACGGGUUCGAUCUUCUCUGCAGCAGCUGCCCCACUGUCAUGAAAGACUUGAUCCUUGGCAUGCUGCAGAUGCCUAAGAAGUGCUAG